AUGUCCGCUCACUUGACCGCCGUCUACACGUCACCCACCGCGACAAACACCUUCUCUUCCCCGCUCCAGUCCGCCCCCACUCAAGCCAGCUCGUCGACCGCAAAGUCGCAAUACCUGGGCGACCUGCGCCAAAAAGUCGCCCAAUUACAAAACGACAUCAACCACUUCUUGACCAAAAAGAUGGACCAAGACAAGGCUGCCACUGAGGGUGCUGCAUCCAAGGACGAGGAUAUGGAAGAGCAGAUGUACGGCGAGGAAGUCGUCGACGAAGAUUGA